AUGGCGUCUUCUCCACGCGGGUGGCUCGUGUACGCUGUGCUACUGCUUGCGCUGGCCGGGGCCGCGUACGCCCAAUAUUACGUCAACGUCGACGGGGCCGAGAUGUUGGUGAAGAGGUCGGACCCGGAGCACGCGUUCAAGCGCAACAACAACAACCUCAACAACAUGUUCCGCAUCGGCAAACGGAAAUUGGGGAAUAUGAUGCGGUUGGGA